GAGAUCGACGACGUGUCUAUGCAGCAUAAUGUAAACAUUCGCAAGUCAUUCAUCUUUGUGAUAAUUGGUUGCGUUGGUGUAAUAGGUUACAUUUUGAAGAUGCCAUAUAUAUCAGCAGAUGGCACGGUGGGAGGUAGUCCCAACUACUUCAGUGUCCAGGGCCUGCUCGGACUGUUCUGGGCUGUAGUCAACUUCUUCCAGCUCUUUUUCCGGACGCUGAUCAGCCCUGACGACAACAAGCGCGGCAGGAGCUACACGUCUGACUACCGGGCGCCGGGUCAGGGCGGUGGCGGCGGCGGCGGCGGCGGCGGCUGGGGCGGCGGCGGCCCGGGCGGACCCCCGCGGGGCAUGCCGCGCCGCCGUAUGGGCGGCUUCAGCACCGGCCAGGGGGCGGCCGGCGCGCCGCCCAUGGCCGGAGGCGGAUGAGGUCGGUAAACGCCCGGUGCUAGCCGCUCCUGAUGGGGCGGCGGCGCCGGGCACUGACGGGUGAGCGGCGGCGCGUGCGGCGCUGAGCCCGGCCUCUGGUCGGCGGAUGACGCAGCUCCGGGAGUCCCUCUCCGGGUCCGGGCCUGCCGAGGACGCUCAGCGCCGCCGCGCGGGGACAGGGGGUCAGCGGGGGACGGCCGGGGGUGCUCCACUGCCCGGCCAGUCCGCGGGCUGACGGUUGUGCUUCGCUUGUGCAGAUAAAUUAUCGAGUGGUCAUUCCUGAAGCACCCGGUUGAUAUCUCUAGCGUGGGGUGUUAUUUGAAAAGUCAUACCGCCUUGGAUUGUGAUUCUGAAAUGCGUAUAAAUAUAUUAUUAAUUUGCAUUCAUCUUUAGAGCUGAAGGCCUCGAACUUUAAUUGAUAGCAUAGUUUCAUAGAUUAUUACACUAUGAUAGUUCUUAAGAGUAUUGUUUCUCGUGUCAUCUCAACGCCGUUUACGGUGCGUUGCUAACAUAUUGUUUAGUGGAGGGUUUGAUGUUUGUGUUUGGUGUUCACACAGGUAACAGCGAGGUCCAGUAACCUAGCGACCUGUUUGCGUUAGUGUAUUAGACAGUACCAUACCGAUAAGUCGGCGUUUGAGAUGACUAGCUGAAGUCCUAUGGUGGCAAGUAGCUGGGUGUUCUCCCAGAGUUGUGCACCAUGUUCUGUGCACAGUCAGCCGGGCUCAGCACAUGUGAUUACGUAUCGCUGUUGGCAAAUACAAGAGCCUAACUGGUA